CCUCCGUCGUGUGUUGUUGAUUUGAUAAACAAACACAAGCAAUUUUACACGCAACGGUGAAAUGAACGAACUUACGCUAGAAAAUCUACGAACGAGAUUCAAUCUUGUCUGCCGAUUUUGUUUAUCGGACAAUGACUGUUUUCCACUGUUUUUGCCCGAUGGAAAUAUCAACAAACGUUUGCAAAAAGGCAUCGAAAUCAUUAUGUCGAAAGUGGACGAAAACGACGGACUGCCCAACAACAUCUGCAGUAUGUGCUUGCAACGAAUCGAGGAUUUUGUGGACUACGAAGCAACGUGUAUCAAGUCGUACGAAAUUCUGCUGAAAUGUAUAACCGAAUCGACGGGUGUUAAAAACGGCGACAAGCAGCUAACCGUUGAAGUGCUUAUGGUGGACACAGAACAACCGGAUUACAUCGACGAUGGCGAUGGUCCACAUUUUGUUGCCGAAGAAGAACAAAGCGCACAAUACAUUGAAUACAUUGGAACGCGGCAGGAUUCAGUAGACAAGCAUGAAGAACUGAGCACGGCCACCGUCGAGGUACAGGAUUCAAGGGACGUGCUUGAGACUCCAGCAACUGAAAUAGGAAAAGAAGUGUCCCAUACUUCCCCUGUUGAACGGGAAUCAGUUCAUUGCAUUACUGAAGACAUGAGUAUCAAAGCCAUCAAUGCCAAAGUGGUGGAUUAUUGUUAUCGCAACAAUCGAAAAAUACCGAUUGUUCAGUGCAUGUUUUGCGACGGAACAUACCGUGGCAGGAAUACACUUCGAAAGCAUUUAAAGAUACAUUAUCAAAUCAAAAACUAUUCAUGUUCUUACUGCGAGCGAACCUUCGCCGAUCGGACGUCACUGCGUCUGCAUGAAGUGCGACACUCGGAAAAGAAAUCUUUCAAGUGUACCCACUGUGGCCGGGCCUACUAUAGUCAAAUUGAGCUGAACCAGCAUUGCAUAGCAAAGCACGGAGGUAGGAAAUACCUUUGUGUAGUAUGCAGCAAACUGUUCCCUUCCAAAGCAACCCUGCACGAUCACUCACGCGUACAUCAAACCGAUCGCCCAUUCGUUUGCAGCACAUGUGGCAAAAGCUUCAAACGUAACCGCAAUCUUGUACGACAUUUCAACAGUCAUCAGAAAAACGAAAUCGCAGCUCAGAGCAAAUCGCUAGAGCGAACUGCUACAGUUGCCAUCAGUUGUCAAUACUGUGAAGAAGUAUUUAAAAUACCUUCCGAGCUGUUAGAACACUUAAUACAGAUGCAUUCUCAAGAGUACGAGCAAAGUCAUGAAGGCACCCAUUACUGUUCGCUUUGCCAGAGCAAGUUCAAUGAUAUGAAGGACUACCUGGCACACCAGGCAGAACAUAACUUGAUGGUGAUCACUGUUGGAGAAAAAACAGUAUACCAGUGCUUAGAUUGUGGUAAACAGUUACGCUACCGAUCUUUGGCAGAAAAACACGUUCAGUCGCACAGCACUGAACGUCGUUUUCAAUGUAAUGUUAGUGAUUGUUUGAAAACGUACAAAUUUAAAGUACAUUUAACUCGCCAUAUGCGCUCAGCUCACGGCGAAUAUCAAACGUAAUAGCAAAAUCAAUAAAUAGCCAAAUUCUUUUACAACAAAA